GUUAUUGUUACCGAAUCACAAAUAAAAACCCUUUUUAUUCGAAUAGUUACGACUUUUCAAUGAACCAAUUCUAUUUGAUUUUUUUUCUAUUUUUUUCCUUUUGGGUAUUCAACCAAAAACCAAAUAUUGUUUUAAUUCACUGUAUAAUCUACUCUAAAGAAACAAAUUGCCAUUUCCUCUUCCCCUAUAUAUAUGUACGCAUGAAUGUACCCAUAUACCUCAUUACACCCACAGUAAACUUAUUUGUAGAAAAGUUUGGUUUUAAUCUCUUAUAAAGAAAAGCCAAGAUGGUGGUCGGCUUGGUCGAGACGGCUGUUCCGGCAGCCAAAUCCACAGUUUCCUCCGCCGUGAAGAAACCUACUACUCUCUCCUCGGACCCUAUCAUCAAUGUUGCUCGCGGUGAUCCUACGAUUUACGAGCCAUACUGGAAGAAGAUGGGAGAUAGGUGUAAAGUGGUUAUUGCUGGAGAUGAAUUCAUGAGCUACUUUUGCAAUGCGAAGAACCUAUGUUGGUUUUUGCUGCCAGAGCUCGACAAUGCCAUUCGGACACUGCAUCGUGUCGUUGGGAAUGCCAUGGUCGAUGAUGAUAGGUUCAUCGUUGUCGGGAAUGGCUCGACCCAGCUCUUCCAUGCUUUGCUAUACGCCCUCUCGUCUCCUGAUAUGCCUGAACCUAUUAACGUGGUCGCUGCCGCCCCUUUCUACUCCUCAUAUCCAGAGGAGACGAAGUUCCUGCGAUCGGAGCUGUAUAAAUGGGCAGGCGAUGCAAAUUGCUACGAUAAAGACGAACCCUACAUCGAGGUGGUCACAUCGCCGAACAACCCCGAUGGGUCGAUUCGAGGAACCGUGGUGAAUCGUGAAGGUGGUAAAGCCAUUCACGACCUAGCCUACUAUUGGCCUCAGUACGCACCCAUUACUAGCAAAGCUGACCAUGAUGCUAUGCUUUUCACCUUCUCCAAAGCCACUGGACAUGCUGGAACUCGCAUUGGCUGGGCUAUUGUUAAAGACAAAGUGAUCGCCGCCAAGAUGGUGAAGUUUAUAGAGGUAAGCAGCAUCGGCGUAUCCAGAGAAGCCCAGCUCCGUGCCGCCAAGGUCCUAGGUGUCAUCGCCGACGACUGCCGGAAUCCCGACGUCAAAGGUGAAAACUUCUUCGAAUACGGCCGCCGCCUCAUGUCAGAACGAUGGGGAAAGCUCCGGGAAGUGGGGAUGAAAAGCAAUGGUGUUUUCAGCCUGCCUAAGUACCCACGAGAUUAUUGCAAAUUCACCGGCGAAUACACUGAUUCAAACCCUGCCUUUGCAUGGUUGAAGAGCAAGGAGGGUUUGAACUGUGAGAAUCUGUUAAGAGAUGAAAGCAAAAUAAUCACAAGGGCCGGGCCGAGUUUUGGUGGUGACUCAACGUACACAAGGGUUAGCAUGCUGAGUCGUGAUGUCGAGUUUGAGCUUCUGUUGGAAAGGUUGGCGGCCGUCAAAGGAACCGUCAAUGGAAAUUAGGGUUUAUUUAUCAUAUAUAUAGAAUAUGUGCCCUCUUUAAUGGAAAUUAAGGUUGAUCUAUAAUAGAAUAUGCCCUCGUCAAAGAAGCCAUAUCAAUGGAAAUUAGGGUUUAUUUAUAAUAAUUGUAUUA